AUGAAAUUUGCAAAGGAGCUCGAGCGCGAUCUGGUGCCAGAGUGGCGCAUCAAGUACCUCAACUACAAGGCCGGCAAGAAGCACAUCAAGGCCGUCGCCAGGGCCAUCAAUCGUGCCAAUGGCGUCUCAUCCACCAGACUUCCUGCGAGAGGCGCCGACCAGCCGCACUCUGGGUCUGCCUCGUUCAGGACUGCCGCUUCUGCCAACCCAGCACCUGCCGAGGAUGGUGUCGACCCCUUGCGGACGAGCCCGGCCCCCAUGGGCCAGAGCCCGCCGCGCUCAAUCCCCAUCAAGAGACCUGCACCGGUCGCCGGUGAGCGGCAGGGACUGAUGGAGGGCCAGGAGUCGGACAUGCAGUAUGGCAGCUUUGUCCCGACCCCUCCGGAUCAUGGGCCCGCUCCCAUCAGCGAGUCCGGCCAGCCCAGCCAUCUUUUCGAGCUCCCGGCCCCUGCCAUUAAGGUGCCAUCCAAUGCGAGUAAUGGUCAGGGCCAGCGCCCGCCAGAAACGCCUCGGGUGAAUUCAGGGUCUUCAGUCCACCGCCUCGCUCUGAAUCGCACGGUGUCGAGGGCAGGAUCGCAGUCGGGGGCCGCAGCUGCUCGCGCUCCCGUACCUGGCCGGUUUCCUUCGGCCUCGGGCGCUACAUUUCCGAACCUCACUCCGAGCGAUAUGCAGAGUCCUCGAGCGAGACUGCGGAGGAUGUUCUCCUUGGCCGGGCCGUCGCUAGAGCGGUACCGCUCACGGGGCGAGUACGAUAUGCACGCCUUUGACGAGGUCCGCGAGAAGGAGAAAGAGUUCUUCGAUUUCCUCGACAGUGAGCUUCAGAAGGUCGAGAACUUCUACCGGCAGAAGGAGGACCACGCCGGCAAGCGGCUGGCCAUGCUCCGCGAGCAGCUGCACGAGAUGCGCAACCGGAGGAUUUCCGAGAUCGCUGAGGCUAAGCGCCGUAAGCGGGACGGAGAGUCGAAUGGCCAUGAUUUGAAGGAGGGCUUCAAAAGUAAUGGCGCAGGUCCCCUGCCCAUGCUCGAUCCCCUCAAGGCCAAGCUGUUCAAGCCCGGGCCAAAUACUAAGGCACUCCAGAAGAUGCCUCAGACGCCAGUUCACAAUGGCACGAAUCCAGAUGAGAGGCGCGACUACGUCCGUCGGCCUGAUGAGCACGAGGUGCCAUAUCGUACGGCGAAGAGGAAGCUCAAGCUGGCACUGCAAGAGUUCUACCGUGGUCUCGAGCUCCUGAAGUCCUACGCUCUCCUGAACAGGACCGCGUUCAGAAAGCUCAACAAGAAAUUCGAUAAGUCGACGCAUGCGCGGCCACCAUACCGCUACAUGAACGAAAAGGUCAACAAAAGCUGGUUCGUCAACAGUGACGUCCUAGACGGCCAUCUGCAGGCGGUCGAGGAUCUUUACGCUCGGUACUUUGAGCGCGGAAACCACAAGCUCGCUGCGGGGAAACUCCGUAACCUGAUGAAGAAGAAGCGUGACGAGUCCGGCAGUGCGUUCCGGAACGGGCUGCUCAUCGGCGUAGGCGCAGUCUUUGCUGUCCAAGGGCUCGUGCAGGGGGCGCAGCUUCUCUUCGACGAGGACGACGAUGUGAGGACGCAGACGAGCUACCUGAUGCAGAUCUACGGUGGUUACUUCCUGAUGCUCUUCCUAUUCAGCAUGUUCUGUCUGAACUGCAAGAUCUGGACUGCCAAUCGGAUCAACUACCCCUUCAUAUUCGAAUUCGACCCCCGGAACCAAUUGGACUGGAGGCAGCUCUCCGAGUUCCCCAGCUUCUUCCUCUUCUUGUUUGGAUUGUUCAUGUGGCUGAACUUCACGAGAUACGGAUCUGACGCCAUGUAUCUCUAUUACCCUGUCCUGCUCAUAUUUAUUACGGCCUUGAUUCUCUUCAUGCCGGCGCCAAUCUUCUGGCACAAGGGCCGAAGAUGGUUUCUGUAUUCUCAUGUGGGUUCGCUCCUUUGUCCAGCCCGAUUGCUCGCCCUACCGCCUGUCAACGGUGGCAAGUACACAGCUUCCAUACUUGCCGGUGUAUUCUUGAGUGUUUACCGUAUACACAACACGAGCCAGAAUUUGGGUCUCUUCAUCGCCUUCUCAACGGUCAACGGGUUUUACACCGCGUUCUGGGAUAUCUUCAUGGAUUUCAGCCUGGUUCAGCCGCACGCGCGUCACCGCUUCCUGCGGGACAUUACGGCCCUCAAGUCCCGCUGGCCCUACUACCUUAUCAUGAUACUAGAUCCCAUACUGCGUUUCAACUGGGUCUUCUACGCCAUCUUCACCCACGACACACAACAUUCUAGCAUCGCCUCCUUCCUCAUCGGCUUUGCCGAGGUCACCCGGCGAGGCAUGUGGACCCUCCUCCGCGUGGAGAACGAGCACUGCUCCAACGUCGCGCAAUACAAGGCCUCGAGGGACGUGCCCCUGCCUUACCACCUCGACACUGGCAUCACGGCGCUCACGAGCGCCAGGGUGAGCUCGGACUCGAAUGCCGGCAAGCAGCCGCAGGACGACGGCCCGACCGCCUUCACCCCCGCCUCGAGGACUGCCACCUGGACCGGGGCCAUCGAGAACCGCCCGCCGAGCGGCGCCGUGUCUACCGGGGUCGACGUCCCUGGCACGGCCUCGGGCGCGCGGCCGGGACUGUCCAGCGCCGCCACCGCGGAUGUGGUCGAGGAGGGCCGGACGCCGGGCGAGGACUCGCUGCGGAUGCGGAGGCGCGCCGACACUGUGGGCAAGAGGAGCAUAGUACGCAUUCUUGCCGAGGCCCACAAGCAGGACUUCGAGAAGAAGAGGAAGCCCGCGUCGACCAAGGGCGGCGGUAGCGGGGCUGCGCAGCUCGACGGCACGGUCGAUGUGGAUGAGGACGAUGACGACGAUGAUGACGAUGACGAUUUGGGCGGAGUUGAUGAUGGCACCGACGAUGAUGAGACGGGCUCUAUGCUUGAUGAGAGGAUGGAAGUUCGGGAGGCAGAGGUAAUGCUUGGGAAGGGAAGGGAUGGCUCCGAACUCUAG